AUGGGAAGUGGCUGGCUGGCGCCAGAGUCUCCGCUGCGGGCUCCGCCGCCGGGGCCCGACGACGAGCUGUUGGCGCCGCUCCUGCCGCCACGCCCGCUGCCAGCGACAACAGCGCUGGAUCCGGCGCUGCUCAAGCCGCUCGAACUCGCUCCGCUGACGGAGGAGUCGAGCGAAAAGGAGCUGGAGGAGUUCCAGCGAUACGUCCGCAAGUCUCGGGCGGCGCUCGACGCGAGGCUUGCGGCCAGCAACCAGGUUGUGGACGCGUCGCGCGACGCGCGAUCGCGCUCCGCCCGCUCUGCCAUCUACCAACCGCUGCUGUACCUACCACCGGACCUCCGUGCUCCACUCUUUGCCAAGACUGCCGGUGAGUUUGAGCUCCCGCCAUGCGAGCCGGAGCUGAAGCCGCUGCCGCUGGCAGGUAGCUCGCGCCUCGCCGAUGCGUUCUCGGCGCGGGCAAGCAAAGCGCUGCGCGAGCUGGAGCACACCGCAUUUGGCCUCUCACCGACGGCCAAGGCUGCACUUGCUGAGGAGGUUGUGGUUGAGCCGCGGUUUGCCCCGGGGCUCACGUCGUCACCAACCCGGUCGGACGUGCGCAUCCCGUCGCCGCCGGCAGACAACGACGAUGACGACGACGACCGGGAUGCUACCUUACUUCCGCCAAGGCUGCAGCAGCUCACCUUUGACGACCUUGACCUCCCGCCGCUAUCGUAUCAGGCCGGCUCGGCCGCGUCGCAGGUCCUCGAUCCGCUCAGCGUGGUGCCGUCGGGUGCGUCAGAUCCCGCGCACCGUCCGUCGCGGCGGCUGGUCAACCCGCGGGCGCCGUACGAACUCGACGUCGCGCUGCGGACGGCGGCAUCGGCAGUGGGCCGUACCGACCUGGUCCAUCUCUCGCCGCCCCGCCUUCCGCGAGCUUCGCGAGCGCGGGUCGCAGCACGGCGAUGA